UUUGGCGCGCUGGACGAUAAGACCAGCUUUUGAAACAACCCAGCUGUUGUCGAGUACCGCACGCCGGAAGAGGGGCCUCCAAGCUUUCGGCCGAUGACAAAACCGAAGGGCAGGAACAAGCCCACCGGUGGUGUCGGUGGACGCGAGACGAAGGCGAGAAAGAGAGCCAAGACGGCAGCGGCGAGAGAUGCGUUGGCCCUGGACAGACGCAGCGCUAAGCUUGAGCAGGAGCGUGCAGCGCUCGCGUCGGAGAUGGCGCAGAAAGAGCAAGCGCUCAGAGCGAAGGAGCAAGCGCUUAGAGAGAAGGAGACGGCGUUCGCCAAGAAGGAGGAGGCAGCGGCGCGCGCCGCUGCCCAGCGGGAAAAGCGUGAGCAGGAAGAGGUUAAGCGCAUCGAAGCGGCAGCUGUUGCGGCGGCGGAGAAGGUGGCCAGGACCUGGACUANGUUUUUAUUUUCAUCUUAUCAAAGAGGGGUAACGGUUGUCUGUGUUUGA